UGCAAUGGAAGGAGGCAUUGGUGGUGCCUCUUUUCAAGGGAGGUGGAGAUUAUCAUAUGUCUGUCAGCCUAACGUCGAAUGCAGGGAAGGGGAUGGAGAAACUAAUAGGCACAUGCGCUGGGACGAGUGUUGGGCAGCGGCAGGCGAGCGCAUGUUCAGUCGGCCGGAGCAGCUGGCCAAGCGCACGGGCAGGAAGGGCGUGGCGCGCUUCGACUUCCUGCAGCAGCUCGUCGCAGAGUUCCAGGACAGCGACAGCGCGGAGGCGAAGGAGCAGGUGCUGGCCAACCUAGCCAACUUCGCGUACGACCCCAUCAACUACGAGUUCCUGCGCCAGCUCAAGGUCAUCGACCUGUUCCUGGACCAGCUGUCCGAGGACGACCCGCGCAUCGCACGCUGCGCCGUCGCCGGCCUCUGCAACCUCUGCCUCGACCCUGAGAACAAGGAGUACAUCCUGGGCGCGGGAGGCGUGUCGCUGCUGGUGCGCUGCCUGUCGCGCACGGACGAAGAGACCGUGCUGGACGCCAUCACGGCCCUCAUGUACCUGGUCACGCCCCAGUUCAAGCCAGAGAUAACGUCCGCGCAGAUGGUGGACUGCAUGGUGCGUGUGUCUCGGAGCCGCAACGCGCGGCUCUCCAACCUGGCCACGGUGUUCCUGGAGGACUACUGCCAGGUGCACCAGGUGGAGUCCGUGCGCGGCGCGGCGCUGGUGGCCAGCAUCCCUCUGCCCCCGCCCCGCGGCGCCCAGCCGUGAACCACACCGCAGUGCUUCACCCUCUGAACAAACAUGAUCCGUGUGUGGCGCUUGUUUGGUUGCUCAGUCCAUACUACAUGCAGUUCGAUACAGUUGAACAUUCUUCAUUGUCACAAGUAAUGAGGGCUGGCUCUUUAAUCUGAUAAAAAUUGGGUUUAAUCUCACGUAUCGUACAUAACUAUUUAGUACGACGUAACAGAGGCAUUUUGAGAGACGGUUGUGCUGAGUGAAAGUUUUGGUGAACACUAUCAGUGAUUUUAUCUAGAAGCGUAAUUUUGUUUCUACGAGACGCCACCAUCAUCAUGUAGAACUAUAGUGAUGCCGACAGUUCUGCAAACCACUGUAUUCAUGUAAAAUCCAACAUGUUUAUUUGUCAUCAUCGUAAAUGUAGAUGCAUUGCAGUAUUUUUCAUGAAUCAAAAGAUGUGGAAUUUUAAAAUGUCUGAUUUAUUUAUACCCUGGCCAUCGGAGAGAGAUCAUUCGAAAAUGCCGGUAGUCGUGUGCUUGAAGUCGUGCCGUGCUGAGUUGCCUGAGCACAAACUAUUUCAAUUGAAGUAAAAUUACUGACUUCAUUUGGCACUCAACUGAUAAGGUCUCAUGUUAAUGUUGGAUAAAAAAUCCAGACAUUUUUAUAAAUUUAUAGUUGUUUGUUGAAAGUUUCACUCAUUGUAAACUUAUAUUUUAAAUAAUUGGUUUUCCUGUAACAACAAAAUUUCACUGUGUUUUUAUUCUGAGAAUACUUGUAAUUGGUUGUGUUAAGUUGUUAAUAAAUUUGUCACCUGA